UCUUUGUUUUUUGCUAGUUAUUUUGUUUGUAUUAUAUGAGUGUUUGGCAUUCAAAUUUUGGUUACUUUUCACUGAUAAUUGGUUUUUCGGCUAUCUUUUUUGGAUAAUGAUGCUGUUUGGUUGGUGGGAAAAUUCUGGAUGUCUCUGCUUCAGAUCCUAAUGGUCCAUUGUAUCACAAAGGGUGGUACCAUUUCUUUUAUCAGUACAACCCUGACUCGGCUGUGUGGGGUAACAUCACUUGGGGCCAUGCUGUGUCAAAGGAUAUGAUUCAUUGGCUCUACCUCCCAAUUGCCAUGAUUCCUGAUCAAUGGUAUGAUAUCGCUGGUGUGUGGACAGGAUCUGCCACGAUCUUGCCAGAUGGCCAAAUCAUGAUGCUUUACACUGGAGACACCUAUGAUUCUGUGCAAGUGCAAAAUCUUGCCUACCCCGCCAACCUAUCUGAUCCUCUCCUCCUCGAUUGGGUCAAGUACUCGGGUAACCCGGUUUUAACACCCCCAUCGGGUAUAGAACCAGAUGAAUACCGGGACCCAACAACAGCAUGGAUUGGACCCGAUGGAACUUGGCGGAUCCUAAUCGGGUCGAAGGUUAACACGACUGGUGUUGCACUUGUAUACCAAACGACUGACUUUAAAAAUUACAUCCUCCUUGAUGGGUAUUUGCAUUCGGUUCUGGGUACGGGCAUGUGGGAAUGUGUGGACUUCUACCCGGUUGCGACCAAUGGAUCUGUUGGUUUGGAUACCUCAGCCAGUGGCCCGGGAACUAAGCACGUGUUAAAGGCUAGUUUGGAUGACACAAAGGAGGAUGUUUAUGCAGUUGGGACAUAUGAUCCGGUGCUAGAUAAAUGGACACCCGAUAACCCGGAAGAGGAUGUGGGUAUCGGGUUGCGGCUGGACUAUGGAAGAUACUAUGCAUCCAAAACAUUUUUUGACCCGGUCAAGCAGCGGCGGAUCCUGUGGGGUUGGAUAAAUGAAACUGAUACUGAAGACGAUGACUUGGAUAAAGGGUGGGCAUCCCUUCAGACAAUUCCGAGGACUGUGUUGUUCGACAACAAGACAGGAACCAACAUAGUUCAAUGGCCGGUGGAAGAAGUGGAAAGCUUGAGAUUGAACAGUACGGUGUUUGAGAAGGUGGUGGUUGGGCCGGGAGAGGUUGUGCCGCUCCACCUCGGUGCCGCCACACAGUUGGACAUAAUAGUCGAGUUCGAAACAGAAUACUUGGAAUCAAAUUCGACGGAUGAUGCUGGUGGUUGCCGCAGUGGUGCCAUGGACAGGAGCACUUACGGGCCAUUUGGGCUCUUGGUUAUUGCCGAUGAAUCGCUUUCCGAGCUAACCCCGAUAUAUUUCCGGCCGUCUAAUAGGACUAGUGGCACCUACUUUUGCGCCGAUGAAACAAGGUCCUCACUGGCUCCCGAGGUCUUCAAAAGAGUUUAUGGAGGCAAAGUUCCCGUGCUUGAUGAUGAAAAUUUCACCAUGAGAGUACUGGUUGAUCAUUCAAUUGUGGAAAGCUUUGCACAAGGAGGGAGGACAGUGAUCACAUCCAGAAUUUAUCCAACAGAGGCCAUCUAUGGAGCUGCACGACUGUUCUUAUUCAACAAUGCAACCGGAGUAAAUGUAACAGCUACAUUGACAGUAUGGCAAGUGAACUCUGCCUUUAUUCACCCUUUCCCCUUCGAUCAGAUGGAGAAAUACGCGUCAUCCUGAGUCUUCUUUAGGCAUCGAGAGUGCACCUUGACACUGGAAAAGACCUUGGGAUUCCAGAUGGUGAUCUUAUCAAUGCGAAGGGACCUUACCGAUACAACACCGCUCUUGUUCCUGAUGGCAUUAAAUAUGAAAAUAUUCAAGUGGAUCUAGGUGUAUAUCAGUAGUUAGUUGUAAAAUUUAUGUUAAACACUGUUUAUGUCUUAAUCUAAGCCUAAUUUCACAUCUUGUUUGGAUAAAUUUAAACAUAGUUG